AUGCUUAAGUGGAAGAACCCAGCAAAGUGGUUCAAAUCAGACAACGACUCCUAUUUCUCAACGACUACUGGAUUAAAGAAUGUCGGCAACUAUAGCAAAAAUUUGGUUCUUGGGUCACCUAAGAUUACAGAUGUAUUAACACCAGAGAAAUCACCAUGUGCUAGUAAAGUAUGGGGACAGUGUGGAGGGCAGGAUUUGAUCAGUUUACUGCAUGGUGAUAAGGAGAACGUAGACGGUAAAGUGUUCCAGCAAUGGCAGAACUUUGCCAAUGAUGUAGAUCGCUUGAGUCAAUGGUUAACUGAUAUAUCACAGCAAGCUGACGGUUGGCGACAACCCAAAGGUGAUGUCAAUAGCCUUCGAGUACACCUGGAAAGACACCUGGCAUUUGCAAUUGAGAUAGAGACCCACCAGACAUUGAAGGACAGUGUUGUGGCCGAUGGACGUGGCUUUAUUGUCUCGUUACCACAGUGUAGCAAGUCCUUAAAUGAGAAGUUAUCUGUCAUUGAAAAACAAUGGGAAACGUUACAGGGUCAGAUUAAUGUGCAAUAUCAGCAAAUAGAAAAUGCAUUGAAAGCACUGGAAUCAGCUAUUGCUAACAUUGAAUAUGCUAGAGUGCACAGUCCACUCUCCAUGGAGCAAACCAGAGAUACGGUUGAUGAGCUGACAUUCAAGCUACACAGCAAAAAGAAAAAGAACUCACCAAUGGAAAGCCAUAUUACAGCACUCAACAAACAGAUGGAGAGUUUUAGUAAUGGAUCAAGUUUGGAUGUUCUCCUGAAUGUCUCGGAGAUCAGUUGCCAUAACAACAGUAGCAGUAGCAACAACAGUGAUGAGGUAACCAAUGACGAGGACAAGAAUGAUAUGCAUGAUUUUGUAACUGAGUAUCAUGAGCUAUUUGAUUGGUUGAAUGAAAUGCAGCUCGUCAUCACUGAUAAGGACGCUGAAGUCAUUGUUAAUAACACGCAGUUUGCAGAGAUUUGUAAUGAAUACAAACAAGAAAUGGAUGAGAUGGAGACAAUGAAGAAGUCGUUAAACUUCAAGGGUCAUCAUCUUUUGUCGGCCUACCCCAAUCUGACGUCUGAAAUCACAUCCAAACUGUCGGAUAUCAACAAUAAGUGGGAGUAUCUGAAGGAACAUGUUGUUACUGACUCCCAUUCUGGUAGUCCAUCUAGUAUGUUGACUGAAUUGGAUGAAAUUCUGGUGAGAUUGAGGGUCUGGUUGAAUGAAGUUGAGUGCAAUCUUUUCACUGGUAGCUAUAGCAAGUGUUUGAAUUCUACAGAUGAGAAAGAGGUUGAGAAGAAGAUGGAAGAGCACAUGGUCUUACAGACGGAUAUUGAGAAACAUGCACGUGGAGUAACGGCUGUGUUGACAUUGUGUGAUAUCUUACAAGAUGAUCCAAGGGCAUGUACUUGUGACAAGGAUAGAAAAUCAUUGCAAUUAUCAGCAAUAAAUCUAGAAAGAAGAUGGCAAUCUAUUUUAUUACAAGCUAUUGACCUGCAGUCUAAGUUGGAGGACAAACUACACACAUAUAAGGGAACUGUUACAACUCCUAAUACUGAUGCUGUGAGCACUGCCUCAGCCACUGGUAGCACCACAGUUGAUGGACAAGUGAAUAGCGAACCCAGCUAUCCAGUUAUGAGUUAUUUGUAUGGUUCAAGCAGAAUGGUAGAUGGUCUAAUUGAUUUCGAAUACGAUCAGUAUGAGAUGGCUGAGGACACAGAUUUGAUUCCAAUCAGAAAGGCUUUCUCUGAGAAUGAUGCGUUCAGUAUGAGUGAUCUCUCCGACAUUUCUGUGGAUGAUGAACUAACCUUUGAUGAUGUACUCAUGAUGAAAGAUCAGGAUGACAGUGAUUCAGCGGAUAGCGAACUGGAAUUUGAGAACCUGAACAACUUUGAUUUAAAUAUGUCUUUUGAAUCCUUUGGGAUGGAAGAUGAUAUUUUUAUGAUGGAGGAUAUCAACCAAGAAGAUGUAGAGAAAGUGGAAAAAAUUAGAGAGCUGGCCACAAAACGACAAAAGAAGGUAAAAAAGUUGAGUAAGAAAAAGGAAGACUCUGAUGAGAAAGAGGUUAGAAAAGGAAGAAAGAAAAGACGAUCUCGGGGACAUCGACGAUCAUCCAAUAUAAUAGCAGAUCCUGAAAUUAAAAAUGUUGGUGGCAAUUUAAUCCUGGUGGAAGAAAAUAGUUGUAAAUCUCCCAGAAGUAGGAAGAGUGAUGGACGAUUACAUUAUCACUCGAAAGCCAUACCAAGAAAGAUUCAGUUUGGCAGCAGUCCAGAGCAGUCAUCUAAAAGUAUCAAACCCCAGUUGACAAAAAUGGCUAAAAAGCAUAUUGAGGUUGAAGAAAAGUUUCCCAAAUCUGUUGAUGCACUGACCAAAGCAGUUGAAGAAGCAUUAGAAGCAUUCAUGCCAGACAGACAUUUCAAUGAUGACAAGUGUAAGUUAGAUCUACUGGAUGUAAAACUGGACGAUAGUUUGGUUUGGAGUGGUUCCUCUUAUCGGAAAAUGGGUAGUGGUAUGAGCAGAAUUCUGAUGACUGCUGAAGGUAGUGCAAAAGAUUUAGAUGUCUCAAGAAAUUCAUCAUUUGGUUCCUUCAGUCCACGAAGUGAGAAUGGUUUCAGCAGCAUGGAUAGUAGCCCAAAAAGCUGGAUUGAGAGUAUAACAUUGGCCAAUGAAAUGGCAGAAAACAAUGGUAAUACGUUUGAAGUUUGCACUGAUGGUUCUGAUGAAGAAACAACUCCUCUUGCCAAGGCUAUCUCACAUAAAUAUGGUCACCAUGAUGACAUCUUCCAGCUUGACCUCAGUGAAGGUGAAGAUGAUGACAGUUAUGAUCAAUAUGUGUUAAAAGAUCUUGACAGUGAAAAUGAUAAAAUGUUGUCCGUAUUGCAGAUGUUGGAUAUUGAAUGUCAACAGAAUGGUCCUAAGGAUAAUUGUAACCUUGGUGAUGCAACUAUAAAAGUCAAAGAAGAUGCAGCUCCAUGGAGACAGAGAAAUGCAACAUCUUUAUUUGAUGAGAUAGGCCCUAACCGUCAAAUAAAAGAGAAGGGAAAACGAAAAUUGUUUCCAUCAUUAAUUGAUUGUGAGCAAGAUUUGAAAAAUCCACGAGUAGAAGAAAUGAAAUCAUUUAGAUUCUUUCCAUCUUUAAUUCCAAAUGAAGCAGAAAGUGAAAAUACAAAGCCCACUGGAAUUCCGCUUCCGGGUCUUAAAGUCAAGGGUGUAAGUUUUGCCCAGAACUCUGAAUCCACAUCUCCUUUAUUCCAAAGAUCUCUAGAUGAUGAUGCUGUGGAUGAUGCUGAGGAUGAAGAAGAAAAAAUGGCUAUAUAUCCUUUGUUAGCUACUCCAGCAACUCCAGAUUUGCCGUCUGCUCAUUUUGUAACAACUCCUAAAGCAACAAAUUCAGUUGAUGAUGAUGAUGACUGUGAUGUAAUAAAUAUAUAUCCUCUGCUCACAACUCCUGAAACACCUCUUCUUUUGUCUCAACAAGAGCCCAAGACUUCUGUUAUUACACCAGCAAAUGUGAAGAAGUGUGACAUCUCUCCUCAUGUUAACAGUCAGAUUGAGUUUCCCAAGACACCUAAAACACCGUCAUCACCAACAGUAAGUCCAUGGUCAACUCCCAAAGUGACAGCAUCUCAACUAACCUUACCAAGAACACUUUUGAGUAAAUUGAUGGAGAAGGAUGAGCUAAGCUUGAUUACUUCCGGAGAUGAUUCCUAUGUCAUUAACAGAGAUUCAUCUUUGAUCACUGACAGUAUUGAGAAUCAAAGCAGUGAUGGUAGUGGGGAGUCAUUGUGUCUUGUUGCUAGGGUGGAUGAAGAUCUUCAGAAAGAACUAGAUGAUGUACAGCAGGAUGGAAUGGAUAGAACAUCUAAUGUGGUGCUUGAGUCAGUGGUCACAGAUGAUCAAAAUAUCUGUAGAAUAGAGAGUCCUGUAACAAGUGAAUGGUCCAGUAUGUCAAGCAACAGUUACAUAUCUGAAAAUACUUCACCACCAGAUGUACCCUUGAUGGCUGCUAACUCGGAUCUAAGUUGUUUGGAUAGCUCUAUUGAAUAUAGCUUGGCUGCAUUAUCACCGUUAGCCAAUGCUGUUCAUAAUACAAGUAUGAGUGAUUUCUGUUCCUAUGUGUCAAACCUGGCCAAGAAGUGCAGCGAAGGAGAGUUGAACACGUGUGUUACAUCAACCGUGAAAAGGAUGAAGACCAAACCUGCAUUGUCAUGCCAACAAGAAUUAGCAUCUCUUGAGGAAGUGGUACAAGAUGACUGUAUUGAGGAGUUAGAUUUGGAUGGUUCAGUCAACUUCAGAGCCUCACCACAGGUCUGCGGGUACAUCUCACAACUUGCAGAAGAAUGUCUGCAUGCUGAGCUUCCUGAGAAUAGGAAGCUGCCAUCAGAGCAUGUAGCAAGCAGUAUUAACAAGGAUCGAGUGUCUAGUGAAAGCGGAUUUCUGGCUGAUGUUUCCUGUGUUGGAGAAGAUUCAAUGCUUGGAUCAUCCUAUCUGGACUAUCUGCCACCCAGGGGACAUCUACAAAGAAGAGAAAGUGAAGAUGAAUAUUUUAGAAUCCAGCACAGGAUUGGAAAUUUAUCAAUUGAGAUAUUUAGUGAGAGUGGGGACAGUUCUGGAGAGAUGAUGAAUAAAGAUGAAGAGAGAGUUCACUUUAACGAAAGCGCUAGUUAUGAAGGCAGUGAUACUGAUAAGGAAGAAAACCAGAAUGAUGAUGAUAACGAAUGUGAUGAUGGAUGGUUUGACGCUAGUGAUCUAGAAAAUGAUCUGAUAGAGAAAGAUGAAAGAUUGAUAAAAGGUGAAGAUGAUGGUAUUGAAGAUGAUGAUGAUGAUGCGCUGACUGAGAAUUCUUUAAUCAAUGCCUUGCAGAAAAUACUGAAGUCACUGAGUGAUGAGGAAUUAUCCAAUAGUGAUAGUGGUGAUGAGGAAGAUAAUGAUAAAGUUGCUAUGGUUACAAAUGAUGUUAAGAUGGAUAUGGAGGACAUUGAACUUCGGGAUAGUGGUAGAUUUUCUAUGAGUACCAAGAGCUAUGACUGCAGUCCUUUACACACGUCAACACCCAUGGAGGAACACGUCAAAGGCUCUGGCCUUAUUCCAGAUAGACUAAUUGGGAAUCAUUCUGAGAACAGUGUUAUGAGGUCCAUUCCAGAUUAUUUAUAUCACCAUGGUAACAGGAGAUUAGUUUCUCAAAACUGUGGAGAAUCUUUGUGCGCUGAAGAAUCGAUUGUCCGCUGUGAGUUAACAAUGCUGAGUUCUGGAAUAAGAUCUGAAAGUCUGAGUGUGGUUACAGAUAUGGUGGAUAGCACGUUGAUUUCACCACCUCUCUCUCCCAGUCAGGAGAAUAAAGCACAGCAGACUGAUCUAUGUCUACUUCCUAUUGGGUAUGCUGAGCACAACUCCAACAAAGCUGGAAAUGUGGUUGAAUCCUGGUCUGCCAAUGCAACAAAUGUCGUUGAAUCUCAGUCUGCAAAUGCAACUUCUUCAUUUUUUCAUCGUGUUUUGAAAUUUACCAUUCCUAUAUACUUCUUCUUGAUGUUGUUUGUAUUUGUUGUUUUGAUUUUACCAGCAGUUAUUGAAAAUUUGGAAGGUGAGUGUAGUGUUUCCUUGACAGAGCGACUGCUGUUCAGUAGUCUUUCAUGGGAGCCUGUCUUAAAAUAUGUGAAGGGACCCCCACCGUUAUGA